AUGGACCUACAAAAUGCUUAUGAUACUGUGGAAUGGUAUGCACUGGAAUGUAUCUUAAGAGAAAUGAGCUUCCCUCCUCAGUUUACCCAAUGGAUAAUGAUGUGUGUGACCACUGUGUCAUAUAGAUACUCUAUCCAAGGAAGACAUAGUAGAAUCCUUAAGGCUAAGAGAGGUUUGAGACAAGGAGAUCCAAUCUCCCCUCUCCUUUUUGUUCUCAUUAUGGAGUAUUUACAUAGAUGUCUGAGCAAGCUUAAGAGUAAGCCCAUGUUUAAACUUCAUCCCAAAUGUGAGAAGGUAGAUCUUACUAAUAUUUGCUUUGCAGAUGAUCUCAUUUUAUUUGCUAGGGGGGAUAUCAAUUCUGUCCAGCUUAUGAUGGAGGAAGUCAGAAGUGCAGGUACUUUACCAUUCAAAUACCUGGGGGUCCCAAUCACGAGUAGGAAACUUCACAUUGCGCUAUACCAGCCCCUCAUUAACAAAAUAGUGCAGAGAAUGAGUUCUUGGACAGCUAGUCUUUUGAGUUAUGCAGGCAGAUGGCUGCUAAUUCAAAGUGUGAUCCAAUCCAUGACUGCUUAUUGGAUGCAAAUAUAUCCUAUGCCUAAAAAAGUGAUCCAUCAUAUAGGUGCUAUUUGCAGGACCUUCCUCUGGUGCAAUAAGAGUAACAUUAGUAAAAAGUCCCCCAUUUCUUGGGAAUCCAUCCGUGAACCUCGAAAUGCAGGGGGUUUAAACCUGGUGGAGCUAAAUUGCUGGAACAAAGCAACCAUCAUCAAACUCCUUUGGAACCUCCAGGCCAAAGCUGAUAAGUUGUGGGUCCUUUGGAUGCACACUUAUUACUUGAAGGGGAAUGAGGUCAAUCAUUGGCAUAUGCCUAGUAGUUGUUCCUGGAUAAUGAGAAAGAUGUUAAGCUAUAGAGAGGAACUAGAGAAUAGUAGCUAUUGGCACUCUGUUGUUCAGGCUGGUAAGUACAAGACCAAACACGUGUAUAAUGAACUCAGAUGUGAGAAACCUAAUGUGCCAUGGUACAAGAUAUUCUAUCAGAAUGCUGCAAGGCCUCGUGCGAAAUUUAUACUUUGGAUAGAUCUUUGGGACAGGUUGCCAACAAAGAGUAGGCUGGCUAGGUUUGGGAUUAUAACAUAUGGAGAAUGUGUCUUCUGUGGGAAGGAGGAGACUCAAGAGCACCUUCGUUUUGCUUGUGUUUUUACUGGGAAAUUAUGGAGGACAAUGCUGAACUGGAUUGGUAUGGACAGGGUUCCACAUGGAUGGAGGAAUGAGAAGGCCUGGAUCUGUAUGGAAACAUCGAGAAAAGGCUGGCGAAGACUCCUUCUUAAGGCUGUUAUCACAUAA